UCGUAUCAUUUUGACGCGGUGGAUGAUGACGUGAACCAAAUGUCCUUUUUGUUUCCCAUCUACCCCUUAAAUUUCGCUCCCCAACGUUCUCGCCCGCUGAGCCACCUCUGUUCUCGCCGUUGAUAUCAGAUGGCGGAGGACAGCACACACCGCUGCCACUUCCUUCUCCUCUUCCUUCUCUCCCAUUUCACGUUCUCCACCUACCCAACCGUGGCGCGUCAUCUGCCGCCGGGGAGCACCCGAUCCCUCGCCACCGCCACACUGGACGUCUCCGCCACCCGCGCCCAAGCCCUCCAGGCCCUCACCUUCGCUCCCUCUUCCCAUCAACCCCCUUCUUACCUCGGCCCCCAUAACCACUCCUCCGCUGCAAUCUCACUUUCUUUCCACUCCCGCGACUUCCUCCCCUCCUCCGCCGCCCACCGUCACCCAGACUACAAGGCAUUGACCCUCGCCCGCCUCCGCCGCGACGCCGCCCGCGUCCGCUCCAUCGCUGCCCGAGCCGCCUUGGCUGUCAGCGGAGUCGCCGCGUCCGAUCUGAAGCCUGUCGCCGAGGAGAAGGCCGCCCCGAUCGCCGCUGCGGACUCGAUCGAGGGACCCGUCGUCUCCGGGACCAGCGUGGGGAGCGGCGAGUACUUCUCCCGGGUGGGGGUCGGCAGCCCCGCCCGGCCGUUCUACAUGGUGCUUGAUACCGGCAGCGACGUCAGCUGGUUACAGUGCCUCCCCUGCGCCGACUGCUACCAGCAGACUGACCCUGUCUUCGACCCCUCCGCUUCCUCCUCCUACGCCCCUCUCUCCUGCGACUCAUCUCAGUGCCGCUCCCUCGACGCCUCAGCCUGCCGGAGCUCUUCUUCGACCGAAGCUGCAGUCGCCAGUGGCGGCGAGGGGAUCUGCCUGUACCAGGUUUCUUACGGGGAUGGGUCGUUCACGGUCGGGGACUUCGCCACGGAGACGCUGACCUUUGGUCGGUCGGAUCCCGUCUCCGGCGUCGCCAUCGGGUGCGGCCACGACAACGAGGGCCUGUUCGUCGGUGCGGCCGGGCUGCUCGCCCUUGGCGCUGGGCCCCUCUCCUUCCCCUCCCAGAUCUCGGCCCGCUCCUUUUCCUACUGCCUGGUGGACCGCGACUCCUCAUCCUCCUCCACCCUCGUUAUCAGCGCCGGGGCCGCACGAUCCGGCGAGGCUCCUGCGGUGACCGCGCCCCUCCUCCGCAACCGCCGGCUGGAGACCUUCCACUACGUCGGCCUGACUGGGAUCAGCGUGGGCGGGCAGAUGCUGUCCAUCCCGCCGUCAGCCUUCGCGAUGGACGAGAGCGGGGCGGGGGGCGUGAUCGUAGACUCGGGCACCGCGGUAACGCGGUUGCAGGGGCCGACUUACACCGCGCUGCGCGACGCGUUCCGGGCGGGGACGGCGUCGCUGCCGUCGGCUUCGGCGUGGUCGCUGUUCGACACGUGCUACGACCUGUCGUCGCGGACGAGCGUGGAGGUGCCGACGGUGGGGUUCCACUUCCCGAGCAGCAAGGAGCUGCGGCUACCGGCGAAGAACUAUCUGGUCCCGGUGGACGACGCGGGCACCUACUGCCUGGCCUUCGCCCCGACCUCGGCGUCACUCUCCAUCAUCGGCAACGUGCAGCAGCAGGAGAUACGUGUCAGCUUCGACCUCGACAACGCCGUGGUGGGCUUCUCCCCUAACAAGUGCUGAGAAGCAAAGGAGCAGCAGCAGUAGCAAUGAAGUUAUUGAAGUGAUGUCGGUGUAUCUAGUUUAUACCGUGCGAUCGCAUUAGAUAGAUUUAGUGCAAUGGGGGGGUAGAUUAGAGUCUAUAAGAGGAAUGUACGUGGGA